GCACGGCCAUGGCGCUCAACAAUUUCCUCUUCGCGCAGUGCGUCUGCUACUUCCUGGCCUUCCUGUUCAGCUUCGUGGUGGUGGUGCCGCUGUCCGAGCACGGCCACGACUUCCGCGGCCGCUGCCUGCUGUUCACCGAGGGCAUGUGGCUGAGCGCCAACCUGACCGUGCAGGAGCGCGAGCGCUUCACCGUGCAGGAGUGGGGCCCGCCGGCCGCCUGCCGCUUCAGCCUGCUGGCCAGCCUCCUGUCGCUGCUGCUCGCCGCCGCGCACGCCUGGCGCACGCUCUUCUUCCUCUGCAAGGGACACGAGGGCUCCUUCCUCUGCGCCUUCCUGAACCUGCUGGCCGGCUCCUUCGCGGUGCUCCUGGUCUUCAUCGCCAGCACGGUCGUGAGCGUGGGCUUCGCCAUGUGGUGCGACGCUGUCACCGAGAAGGGCACCGUGCCCCACAGCUGCGAAGAGCUGCAGGACAUCGACUUGGAGCUAAACGUGGACAACUCUGCCUUCUACGACCAGUUCGCCAUCGCCCAGUUUGGUCUCUGGGCCUCGUGGCUGGCCUGGCUGGCCGCCACCACGCUGGCUUUCCUGAGAGUCUACCACAGCUACCGCCAGGAGGACCUGCUGGACAGCCUGCUGCAGGAGAAGGAGCUGCUGCUGGCCAGGCCGGGCGCCCGCGGCUCCUUGCGGGAGGACAGCGCCGUCAUCUAG